AUGUGUGGGAUGGACAAUUUAGAAUUGUUCCAGGUUCCCCCCACCAACAUAGCCUUGGAAGAAUCGAAAUGGAUGGAAUAUUAUCCCAUUUCCAGUACCCUCGAUUCCGACACAGCUCCCACUGAAUUCGAUAUUCAGGGGCAGGGAGACGAAUACAUAGAUCUCUCACAGACUUAUUUACAAAUAGUUUGUAAAUUCACGAAAGCCGAUGGCACUAAUUUAGAGGGAUUAGCGGGAAAAUCCACUCCCGUGAAUAACAUCAUACAUUCUUUGUUCUCAGAAAUCGAUCUCACUCUGAAUGGUAAAAUCGUUACCCCAGGAACAGAUACCUAUCCUUACAAAGCCUAUUUAGAGAAAUUACUUUCUUACAGACCCGAAACCUUAGACUCUCAAAUGUUUGCUUGCAGUCUGUGGGAAAAAGACACGGCAGGACAUAUGGAUGAUUGUAAUACAGCGACUGCAACUCUAUGUAAAUCAGAAUAUACUGUGGCUAGUGACAAAAUCACCAUAACUCCUGCAAAUAUGGCACUGUCCUACCCAGCAGGUUCUCAAAACGACGGGUUGAGAAAGCGCCACAAUGUCGUCGACAACAGCAAAAAGAUUACUUUAAUCGAUGUCUGUAUCUAG